AUGUAAUAAUAAUAAAUAUUACCUCCAUAUACAUUGACAUUAAAAGAAUUACUAAAUAGACCUAAUUUAGUAGUUGUAUCUGAGGAAGGAAUGAGAUUUAGAACUGAAAUUCGUGAAGAUACUAGAAGUGCAUCACCAAUUCCCAAGAAAAGUAGUAAUAAGACACUUAGAAUUGACAAAUAGAUAACAAGUGGAGCUUUAAAGAUAGGAAAUUCAUCAUUUUAUUUAGGAAGGUAAGAAGUAAAGUGCUUAAUUGAGACAAAAAGAUCCUUUAUUAAAUAGUAGUCAUUAAAAGACCUAAAUCUAGAAGCCUUAUGAUUAGAAAUUAAUGGAGAAAUUAAGUAGUAAAAUUUUAAGAGCUGAAACUCCAAUUUAGACAAUUUCCAAUAGAUUAUAAGAAUUAUAUAAUGAAAUUGAUAAAAAUAAUAAAAAAAUAACGAGAUUUGAAGAAACAAUUGAUUAAAGCAAUAAAGAGGCUACAUUAGCUGUAAUAGAAUCAAAAUUAGGGAAAUUACAUGAAAAUUAUUAAAUUGAAUUAAAAAGAAGAGAAUGGACUCAAAAAGUAUGAUAUUUUAAAUCAAAUUAUGAGCAUAUUUAAGAAGUAUUGAGAUAGUAGAAAUUAUACAAUUAAAGAUAGAAUGAAUUGUAUGAUAGUAAUUUUGAGAGACCUCGUAAUAAAGAAAUUGAAGAAUAAUAUUAUAAGGAUCCAAAAUAUUUAUUGAGAAAACAAAUUAGAUUGCGUGAUUAUUAGAAAUAUAAAUAUGAAGUAGAGUAUAUUUUGAAAUGAAUAGAAAUAUUGGAAAUUGUAGCCAAUAAUUGGAAAACUUUAGUCCUGAG